AUCUCAACCCCGAUUCCUUUUCGCAACUCCGAACGUCUUCCAUCAUCAACCCCCGCGCCGUCAUCUCAUUGUCUCGCACUCUCUCCGCUCAUCACCAUUAUGUUUCCCAUUCGCUCUGCCUCUAUUGCCAGGGCAAUUGUGCCCCGUGUUGGGAGGGCGUAUGCUGCCGCCUCCACCUCCACAAGGCCUCCGGUUCAGUUGUUUGGUGUUGACGGAACAUAUGCCUCUGCCUUAUACACUGCGUCUGCCAAGACCAGGUCCCUUGAUUCUACCGAGAAAUCCCUCCAAACACUCAAGGGGAUUCUCCAGAAGGACCCUAAAUUGGAGACUAUUAUCAGCUCUCCUACCCUCAAUGCCGGUGAUAAAUCCCAGAUCAUUGCCGAAAUCGCCAGGCCCAUCGCUUCGGACAAAACGGUCAAGAAUCUUCUUGAGGUGCUAGCUGAGAACAACAGACUCGGCCUGCUACGUGGAGUUAUUGACAAAUACUCUACACUUAUGAGUGCGCACAAGGGAGUGGUUGAGGCUGUCAUUACUUCUGCUUCGCGACUCGAUCCAAGGACUGUUAGUCGCCUUGAAACUGCCAUCUCUAAGUCACAGUACGUCGGAGCCGGUAAAACACUUGAAGUCGUGAAUAAGGUUAACCCUGAAAUCCGCGGGGGCUUGGUUGUAGAGAUUGGUGAGCGGACUAUUGACCUCAGUGUCUCUGCCAAGAUGUCUAGGCUCAAUAAGCUUUUGACCGAUGCACUGUAAAAAUAUUCACUCGAAGUGGAAAUAAACCCCUUGAAUGGCGAAACGUUGAUAGAAUAGGGGGGAUAGAGCAUUUAUAGCUGAAAGAAGGGUGGCUUGGAUAUCAGUAGUUGCCGUCAGAAGUAGUGAUAGUAGGCAAUUGUCAUCAUAGAGUGUUGGUAUCAUACUCGUACAUGACAUUCCCGUUCUUUUAUAAAGCCCUUUACCCUGGCAACACGGUGCUUUGGUUUUUUGUAUGAUAUCAUAAGAACAGGUCCAUGGUUAACC